CUUGAUCCGGGCCACAUUGCCAUCGGUGACCUGCAGCAGUGAGUCGAGCUUCUCAGCCCAGUUGGAGCCCUCAGACACCGGGGACAGUGUCGGGCGCGGCGGCUCCAGGGCGGAGGGUGUCUGGCCGCAGCCGGGGCCCGAGGGCUCCAGGCAGGGAGCGGCGCUGGACGGGGGUGCCGGGCCUGGCCCCAGCAGCGAGCGAGCUGCGCAGGGCUCUCCGAGGGUCAGGCCGGGCCUGCCUCGGAGCCAGGCCGAGACUCUCAGAGUAGGAGGCGGGGCCGGCGGCGGGGGCGCGGCCCGGGGCUGCCGCGGAAGCCGGGGCUUGGGUCGCACGGGAGUCAGCUUGGGCCCCAGAGCGCGGAGCCCGCCGCCAGCGCCUCCUCCGCCACUGCCCGGCCCCCAGCCACCGGUGCCAUGGCCCCUGAUUUGCCCCCGCCGACAGUACCCGAUUCAAACCUAGCGCGCCGGCGCCGCCGCGGGGCCUCCUGGAACACCGAGUCCGCCUCCCGCAGCCACAACGGGCUCGUCACGGCUUUCGAACUACGACUCCCAGCAGGCCGUGCGCGCGCCCCACUCGCCAGCCGCGUAACCUGCCAGGAAGGCCAGGCCGCUGGUCUGCGAAGCCGUUGGCACUGCGCGUCUGCGCAACGAACUACAUAUCCCAGCAGGGAGCGAGCCCGCCGCAGCGCCCCGUGGGAGCUGUGGACAGAACUGCGCGGGCAGCCAGGAACCCAGCACCUACACUAUGGAGCCGAGGGUGGCUGAGCUGGAGCGCCGGAUCCGGGCCACGCUGGAACCCUUCGGCUUCGAGGUGCACCCCUUCCAGGUGGGAUGGUACAAUGCACUGCUGCCUCCGGCCUUCCAGCUGCCCCUGCCUGGGCCUACACUUGCUUUCGUGGUCCUCAGUACUCCCGCCAUGUUUGACCAAGCCCUCAAGCCCUUCCUGCAGAGUGCCCACCUGCAGCCUCUGAAGGACCCUGUGGACCAGUGUGUAGCCUACCACUUCACCAACCUUCAGGAGAGCCUUCCAGAGCAGAAGGUGGACAUCAUCACGGACUAUGACAUGCACCCAAACCGGCGCCCCAAAAUAUUGGCCCAGACAGCUGCACACGUGGCAGGGGCUGCCUACUACUACCAGCGGCAAGAUGUGGAGUCUGACCCCUGGGGAGACAAGAAGAUUGCUGGCGUGUGUAUCCACCCUCAAUAUGGGGGCUGGUUUGCCAUUCGGGGGGUGGUGCUGCUCCCAGGGGUGGAAGUGCCCGACUUGCCCCGCCUGUCACCUCUUGACUGUGUGCCCACCCGGGAAGGCCGCAUUGCUCUGCUGGAAAACUUCAACUUCCACUGGAGAGACUGGACUUACAGGGAUGCUGUGGACCCUGUGGAGCGCUACUCAGAAGAACAGAAGGCCUACUUCUCAGCACCCCCUGCCCAGCGCUUACACCUGCUGGAGCUACUCAAGGACACACCCCCAGGUCCCCUCAAGUCUUUGGGGGCCCUCCUCAGAGAGACACUGGACUCCAGUUGGGGAGGGGGUCGGGCUGCUCCUAGAAGGGUCUUUGCUACUGUACCACAGGGGACCUAGUCCCCUUCCUUCUCAAGACCUAGCUGCUAUCCACUUAUUUAUGACAAAGGCCUGGUUAUGGUUUGGAAGACAAGGGCCAAAGAAGGGACAGGCACAACUUGAUUUUAAUUAAUAGGAAAUUAUUUCCCUAGCCACUGGGCUAGGGCAGUGAGCUCCUGAGACUUGAAGCCAUUUUACUACUGGUCCUCAAUUUCCUCAUGUGUGAAAUGGCAGUCAUAAACCUGACCUUCCUUUCUUUCCCUCCAAGAGGGGCUGAAGUGCCACGGAAAUGGGGGGCCAUGCUUGUCAGACCAUUCGGAUCUCAUUCCCCCUUCCCCCCAGUCGUGCAUUCUAGCUGCUCGUUCAGGGAAGGUUCUGGGUGGUCAGUUGGUACUGCUGUCAGGUGUCAGAGCUGAAGCUGGCAAAUGCUAGAAGAGCCUCUGACAGACUCCUCAGUCUCCAUAACUGGGUCAUCAACUCUCCUGGUUUCAGUGAGGUGACUCUCGGACCUUCCUUUUGUCUGGGCAUAUCAGUUAAUCCCAGUCAUUACUGCCACCCCCCAAAUAGGCUCAUUCUCCUUGAGGGUGAGUUUGAUUGAUUUCCUAGACAUCUUAUCCCUAGGGGAAUUUUCCUAUAAGCUAGAGUUUGUCCUAUGGGCUCUGCUGAGUCCCUGCUACACGUGCAAUUGCUCUUUGCCAAGGAUCUUGCCUAGAGGGUGGCAUUCUUUUGUGGGCCUGGUAGAAGACCAUGCCCUAACUACCCUCCUUCCUGGGGCAGGAGCAGCCCGUCAGGCUGUGACCUUGACUUUCCAAGCAUUUGUUCCAAGGAAGAGCUGCACUUAAAAUUGUUUUACCUGGAGUGUAAACCAUUUUGUUUUAAGUGUGAGCAUCAAGACAUAUAAAGUGUUUUGCAAGUC